GAGGUGGAGGUGGAGGAAGAGGAGUUGAGGUGAGUUGAUGGCGACGAUGCACUCCGGGGCUGUCGUUGCUGCAGCUGCAGCUGCGGCUGCUGGAGCUGCUGCUGGUGGUGCCGGAUCUGCUGCACAGCAAGAAGGAGAACAAGGAAGAACUAACUCACAAAUCAAUGAACAACCACAACUCGAAACAACAUCUCAACGAACGACAAGACUCACGCCAUUCUGCGAAAAGCAGCAGCAAGAAGUGAACCGAUAAGGAAGAAGAAGAAGAAGAAGGAAGAAGAACAACGCAUGGCUUGGUAUGGACAUCAGGCUCGACGAGAGAGGUCCCGGCUCCCGAGAGGCCCAGCAGAAGCAGGCUGCAGCAACAAGUAGGAGGAUGAGCUGUUUCGCUUCUCAAUGUCCGUCGCGUGCUUGGGCUGCGGGCGAGUAAUAGGAGGAGGAGGUGUGGUGGUGGAGGAAGUGGAUCAGGGUUCGCCCGACGAAUGAUCGGGUGCCGUUGUUUUCUUUCGGGAAAGAACGCGCGCUCGUAGGGGCACGGCGGGGCCAUGGUGGAUGGCCCUUGUCUGGCUACUGCUCCGGAUAGGCGCAAGUCCGGCACCUAGCUGCUGCUGCCGCUGCUGCUGUUGCUGCAGGUGAGAGGGGCAGAGGGGAGAGCCCGGGGGCGUGUGCAGCAGGGAAAUUGCCUCCCUCCUCUGCCGGAGACGUGAUUUCUGGGACGGCUCGAAGAUCAGCUGUUGCUGGUUUUCAUGCGACCCUUUCCCGCUUGAGAAUGCGGUGACGAGGACCGGGGCCACGGGCCGGACUCUCGCAGUCGGAACUCCCAUCUCCGCGAAGCACCGAAUCGAUUGAUUGGAGUCUUGUGGCGGAGUGUCGCGAGCCUGCUCGUCCGGCUCUGAACGUUGCGGCGACAUUCGAUGCUGGUCGGAAACGGGCGCGGAGAUGCUCGAAAUGGUCGGAGCGGUGAGACCCCGUCGUGCAGCGAUUUGCCGCUCUCGAUGAGGAGCGGUUCCCAGCGCGAAUCCGACGAACCUCAAGUCCUUCGUAUCGUGUGCCCUGAAUUGAGCGAGGCGUCGUCGAGCGAAUUGUAGUUUACGCCGAGGCCUGUGUGUGCCGGAGAACUGUCGUUGUUAUCGCCCAGAGACAAUCCCAUGAUUCCAUGAGCCCGCGUAACUGAGGGUGUGAGGGUCGGGAGAACGGCGAUGAAAUGGAGCGUGACUCUGAUAUGUUGAUCUUUGUCCGUUAUUUUCACGUCGGCUCUUGAGAGGAUGUGCUGUUGGCGCCUCCUUGAUUCGAAGCCAGUGAGCCAGCACGGCAUUGAAUUGGACUGUGCGGUUCGGUAUACAUUCGCAGCUUCAUUUUCAGAAGCGGAGCAAUUGUGAUGGUCGAUUCAAGAUUAGCGGCAGCACGGUGGGAGGAUUGUUCGUCUCAGAUGUUGUGACCUAGCGAUCGUGAUCUCUUGAGUAUGUGAAUUUGUUUGCAUCUUUUCUAGCGUGUGCAAUCUUGUUGUCAAUAAGUUCGAUGGCUAUUAUCGGGAGCGCUUCGAAGUCAGGUAGGGCUGGUACGUACUCAGGCUCUUCCACAGAUGAUGAUGACCUUACUGUGAGACAGAAAUCGAAGCCUCCAAAAAAUGCACUAUUUCUCGAAUCAGAUGUUUCCGACGAUGCAGAGUUUGCUGAUAAAGGAAGUGAGUUGUGCCAACUCGGAGACGAAAUUUGUGCGGUGCCAAUUGAGCUUUUUCACCUGCCGGACUUGAACAACAUUUUAUCCUUGGACACCUGGAAUUUUUGUCUCUCGGAAGAUGAGAGAGAAUUCCUCGUCUCGUUUCUCCCCGCUUUCGAGGAGGAUGAUUUCCGGGCAACCAUGCGCGAUCUUCUUAGCGGCCAGAAUUUCCACUUUGGAAGUCCUCUCGCCGACCUUUUCAACAGGUUGAAAGGUGGUUUGUGCGCUCCCAAGGUCGCCCGUUACCACGAGAGCUUGAAGUAUGUCCAGAGGAAGAAACAUUACCAUCUGCUACGAAAUUACCAUAAUGAAAUGGUGAACUCCUUUUUGGAGAUGCAGAAGUCCUGGGAAGACUGCCCAGAAACUGCUGACAUCGAUGAACGGCUGGAGAUUUGGAGCUCUUGGAAGGGCGAAAAGUUGACGCCGACGAUUGCACAGCUAACACCGGGUCCCAGGAAGAGGAGCGGAGGUGCCAAAAAGCCCAAGGUGAUGCCCGUGACCGUGCCUGUGCCCACGCCCAUGUCCAUGCCCAUGCCCAUUUUCCGCAAGAAGGUGGAAAUACCUGAGGAGAGGCGAAUUGUAGUCUCUCCUGUUCCCAUCCCAGUCGCCGCUGCAAAUUCCAGAGGAGGUUCGAAAGGUGUUUUGAAGAUGAAGGUGAUUGCUCCGAAAGCGGAGCAAGGGGGAGGAUCGAAGAGUGGACCUGAAAGGGAGCUCGAAAGAGUGCAUGUCCCAGCUCCGAAGGGCGUUCUGAAGGUUGCAUCGAAAGGCGUCCAAGCCUACGCCAAACCGGAUCCGUCACUCAGGGAAAAGGCUGUUAUACUCGAGCCUAAGAGAGAGUCUAUAGUUAGGGAGGUGAAACCAACCAAAGUAUUCAAGACAGCGAAGCCUGUCAAAGAGGUAGAGGUUUUAGAUCAGAGUAGGAUUAUGAUGAAUCCCAUGAGUGAUGAGAAGAAACGGAGUUUAGGAGGGGAUAGAAAGAGGAAGAAACGAGUAGAUGAUCAGGAAAUUUUUGCAGAUAAGCAGAGUGAACCGCAGACACUGUAUGUAGCAGAGACUCCUCCUCACGAGGCCCACCCACGGAAAAGGACCCCCCCACAAGAGAGUCGAAAGAAGGUGAAAUCCUUCCCCAAGACGUUUUAUCGGGCUUUUGAGGAAGCGCAAGACAACGAAGAAGAGAAAUUUGUAGAAGAGGAGAGAAAGCUCUCUCUUGUCAAGAAGAAGGCAUCACGGAAGAAACCUGUUGAGGAGCAUAAGAAGUUCGUGGACGAGGACGAUGAUUUCGAGCAUGUAGAGGAUAGACGGCUGAUGAUUGAAACGAGGCAGGACGAAAGCCAUAAUGGUCGAGAGCACAUGGAUUUAAGGGAUGACGAUGUACUCAAGAUCCCAAAGAGAAAGUCCAAGAAGAAAGCAAAGGAAACGAAGAGGGAGGCCUCACCACGGGAAACUACUCCUGAGGAUCUUGCUGGAGAGAGAGGAGCUUCAAUCUAUUAUCGAAUUUGAAUAGGAGUUAUACGAAACUGAGUUCAGGCCCGAGAACUUCUCUGACGGUGAAGGAGAAAAAUCGAAGGUCACAUUUGCCCUCUUCGCGUACUGGAUAUCAGGAGCCGGAUGUCCAUAAUUAUGGUCCUACUUUUAGUCCUUAGAAAGGUGAUCAGCAGGUUCCAGUGUAGAAUGCAUAGAAAAUCCAAUGUAGAUUGCAUAGAAAACUUUGUAAGACUUUCUACCAAUUUGUCAAGUAGACACAACGCUCACCUCUGUUGCCUUGGUUGGUGUGGAAUCUUAUUUCGAAUGUACUCUUGCGUUUCUACAGU